CGCGCGCGGGGCUCACGGACGGCCGGCGGCCCCGCGAGGGCGCGGACGGGCGGCGGAGGUGGGCACGGAGGGGGCUGGGCCGGGGCCGAGGCCGCGGGGAGACAUGCGAUGGGCGGCCGGGGCGAGCGGACGGACGGCGCGCCCGAGAUGCAGGUGAGCGAGAGGAUGCUGGCGGGGGGCGCGAGGAGCAUGCCCAGCCCCCUCCUGGCCUGCUGGCAGCCCAUCCUCCUGCUGGUGCUGGGCUCUGUGCUGUCGGGCUCGGCCACCGGCUGCCCGCCCCGCUGCGAGUGCUCGGCGCAGGACCGGGCGGUGCUCUGCCACCGGAAGCGCUUCGUGGCCGUGCCCGAGGGCAUCCCCACCGAGACGCGCCUGCUGGACCUGGGCAAGAACCGCAUCAAGACCCUCAACCAGGACGAGUUCGCCAACUUCCCGCUCCUGGAGGAGCUGGAGCUCAAUGAGAACAUCGUGAGCGCCGUGGAGCCCGGCGCCUUCAACAACCUCUUCAACCUGCGGACGCUGGGGCUGCGGAGCAACCGCCUCAAGCUCAUCCCCCUGGGCGUCUUCACCGGCCUCAGCAACCUGACCAGGCUGGACAUCAGCGAGAACAAGAUCGUCAUCCUGCUGGACUACAUGUUCCAGGACCUGUACAACCUCAAGUCGCUGGAGGUGGGGGACAACGACCUGGUCUACAUCUCCCACCGCGCCUUCAGCGGCCUCAACAGCCUGGAGCAGCUGACGCUGGAGAAGUGCAACCUCACCUCCAUCCCCACCGAGGCGCUGUCCCACCUGCACGGCCUCAUCGUGCUCCGGCUGCGCCACCUGAACAUCAACGCCAUCCGGGACUACUCCUUCAAGAGGCUGUACCGGCUCAAGGUCCUGGAGAUCUCCCACUGGCCCUACCUGGACACCAUGACCGCCAACUGCCUCUACGGCCUCAACCUGACGUCCCUGUCCAUCACCCACUGCAACCUGACGGCCGUGCCCUACCUGGCCGUGCGCCACCUGGUCUACCUGCGCUUCCUCAACCUCUCCUACAACCCCAUCGGCACCAUCGAGGGCUCCAUGCUGCACGAACUGCUGCGGCUGCAGGAGAUCCAGCUGGUGGGCGGGCAGCUGGCCGUGGUGGAGCCCUACGCCUUCCGCGGCCUCAACUACCUGCGGGUGCUCAACGUCUCGGGCAACCAGCUGACCACGCUGGAGGAGUCGGCCUUCCACUCGGUGGGUAACCUGGAGACGCUCAUCCUGGACUCCAACCCGCUGGCCUGCGACUGCCGCCUCCUGUGGGUCUUCCGGCGCCGCUGGCGGCUCAACUUCAACCGGCAGCAGCCCACCUGCGCCACGCCCGAGUUCGUGCAGGGCAAGGAGUUCAAGGACUUCCCCGACGUGCUCCUGCCCAACUACUUCACCUGCCGCCGCGCCCGCAUCCGGGACCGCAAGGCCCAGCAGGUGUUCGUGGACGAAGGCCACACCGUGCAGUUCGUGUGCCGGGCGGACGGUGACCCGCCGCCCGCCAUCCUCUGGCUGUCGCCCCGCAAGCACCUGGUGUCGGCCAAGAGCAACGGGCGCCUCACCGUCUUCCCCGACGGCACGCUGGAGGUGCGCUACGCGCAGGUGCAGGACAACGGCACGUACCUGUGCAUCGCGGCCAACGCGGGCGGCAACGACUCCAUGCCAGCCCACCUGCACGUCCGCAGCUACUCGCCCGACUGGCCGCACCAGCCCAACAAGACCUUCGCCUUCAUCUCCAACCAGCCGGGCGAGGGGGAGGCCAACAGCACCCGCGCCACCGUGCCUUUCCCCUUCGACAUCAAGACCCUCAUCAUCGCCACCACCAUGGGCUUCAUCUCCUUCCUGGGCGUCGUCCUCUUCUGCCUGGUGCUGCUGUUCCUCUGGAGCCGGGGCAAAGGCAACACCAAGCACAACAUCGAGAUCGAGUACGUGCCCCGCAAGUCAGACGCGGGCAUCAGCUCCGCCGACGCCCCCCGGAAGUUCAACAUGAAGAUGAUCUGAGCACCGGGUGGGCAGGGGUCCCGGAGCGGGGGCGGCCGCGGGGGCCUGGCUGCCCUCUGCCCGCCCCGGGGUCCCUCCCAGCACCCCUCCGCCGACUCCUGUCCUCCCGUCUCCCCCCACACGCCAUCCCCUGCGGCCCUCCCACCGGCCCCCAUCACCUCUUUCUACCAGGACCUCAGAAGGUCGGGCCUGGGGACCCCCGCGGCACGGGGAGCGUGCGCUGGCAGGCUGGAGUUGGAAGCCGACGCAGCGGCACACGGCACAGUCAAUAAUUCAAUUAAAAAAAGUUACGAACUUCCUCUGUAACUUGGGUUUCAAUAAUUAUGGAUUUUUAUGAAAACUUGAAAUAAUAAAAAGAGAAAAAAAACUAUUUCCUAUAGCUAGUCGGAAUGCAAACUGUUGACGUCCUGAUUGCUCCAGGGCUUUCUUCCAGCUCAGUUUCUUGUUCUUCUCCUCCUCCUCCUCCUCCUCCUCUUCCUCCUUUCUCUUCUCUUCCCCUGUGGGGGAGGGGUCACUCAGGAAAACAGGAAAGGAGCUCCGCCUCCCCUCCCCUGCGCACCUCCCCCCUGCUAGGGCAGCUGGCUGUUUGCAGGGAGCCGGGGAGGCCACAGGGCUUCCAGGAGGGAGGGGGCAGGCCAAGGUGUGGCUGAGACUGGACAGGGGCUGGUGGCCUCGGGAGGGCGGUCAGUGGAGAGAGCGGGUCCCCGGCAGGCCGAGCUCUGCUGCUGACCUACUGUGUGGCCCCCGUGUCCACGUCUGUCCCGGAGACGCUGCUGCCUCCCGGCCUACCUCACAGGGCUGUUGUGAGGGACUGACGAGAUGAUGUAUGUGAAACACUUUGUAACCUGUAAAGCGCUGUGCACAUGUGUGGGAGACUGUG